ACCAGGCCCUGACCCACACCAGAGCUUUUGUCCCCACAGAUAAACCCUUGUAAAAUCACUGAAAAUGGCUUCUUCAAACAGAGUGCUCUCCAUCAAGCCAGCCAAAUCACUCAAGGACCUCGUCCCCUACAAGCCCGGCGAGAAUAUCGGAGUGGUCAAGCCGGUGGUCAAGGACCGGCACAGCAAAGUCAACGGCCGUGGCCGCCGUGUCCGCAUGCCGGCUCUGUGCGCCGCUCGUGUGUUUCAGCUCACUCGUGAGCUGGGGCACAAGUCCGACGGCGAGACUAUUGAGUGGCUGCUGCGCCACGCUGAGCCGGCGAUUAUCAGGGCUACCGGGACCGGGACUAUGCCGUCUCAGGUGUGCACUUCCGGCGACCCGAUAAAUUCGGCGGGAAUCUCGGAGAUGGCGCCGGUGGCGGUGAGUGGGCCGGUGGGGUUUGGGGCUGGGAUGAUGAUUGGUGGGGUGGGCACGGAUUGCAGGUUGGAUUUAUGGCAUGGGAUUGGGGGCGAUGUGGUGGAGUACCGGAACAUGGGGUUUACGUCGUUGUUGAUGGAGCCGAUGAUGGGGGAAGCGGAGCAGCAGCAGGUGGAGCAGCUCUCGUGGGUUUAGAAUUGGGAAUGUCGUGGCGGAGAAGGGUUAGAGUUGUGUUUUUGUGGUUGUGAAAUGUGAAUUGUGAACUGUGACUGUAGCUUAAAACGUGGUUAUGUUUAAGUAUUGUUAUGCCUGGAUGGUUAUAAUCGGUUUUAUCAUGUCGGGAUUGCAUGAAAUAAUUUGGAAGUUUUCGAAUUAUGUUAUCGUUUUGUGAUUUUGUCGUA